GGCUGAGGCCGAGGGCCGCUAUAAAGCGGGCCUGGCGUGGCACGCAGCCCCGCUGGCUGCACACAUGCGGCGCGCCCAGCAUGGCACAGCCCGGCACUGUGCUCAGCGUCUUCGCCGUGGUCCUGCACACCGCCCUGGGCGAAAGUGGCUGCACCUCAGCAGACGGUGAUGGGACUCUCGGGGAUGAUGAACCAGACAAUUUUGACAUUGACUGCUUCAGCCAGCUGGAAAUUAAGGACUCCUUCAGCAGCCUGACCUGCAAUUUCACCGAGCUGCCUCCUUACAACACUAACUACACCCUGUCGCUGUGUACCAAGGAAGACAACGAUUACGCCUGCUCCAACAUGAAGAAACAGGAGGAUGUGUUCUUCAUACAGUUCAUUGAUAUACUCUCAAACAGAGAUGUUUGCAUGUACUCUGAGAUGAAGAGAAGGGUCUGCAGGAGUCUGGUUAUAACUGACAUUGUUAAGCCCGAAGUUCCAUUCGCUAUAAACAUCACAUAUGAAAGGGAGGCAAAUGAAUAUCUUAUUCGUUACUGUACACCACACUCCAGGAAGAAGUACUUAAAGGACAAAUUAGUACACCAAGUAGCCUACCGGCAGAAAGACAGUACUUGGAAGACAAUAGAGUCACCAUAUCUUCAGAUAAAAUUGCUGGGGCAAAACCUUGAAAAUGAAGCAUCAUAUGAGGUGAAAGUACGUUCUCAACCCAAUGGAGAUUAUUUUAAGGGCACAUGGAGUGAAUGGAGCACUUCCAAGAGCUUCAGGACAGCAAGAGAGCAGCACUCCACAGAAAACUAUAGCAGUGUGGUCAUGGUUAUACUCUCCAUCCUGGGAUUCAUGCUGUCUGUUGCUAUGAUUGCACUGGUCGUAGUUUUUUGGGAAAACAGGAUCAAGCCUGCUGUAUGGCCAAACCUUCCUGACCAUAAAAAAACGCUGGAGCAGCUAUGCAAGAAGCCAAAAAACAAUUUUGAUACAAGCUUUAACCCAGAGAGUUUUGGUUAUGUUCAUAUCCAUAAAGUGGACGGGCUUUGGGCAAAAGCUGAACUGGAAAAUUUUCUGCAGCCAUCAACUGCUCCAGAGACAAGCCUUCCAGAAAAAUUCAGGGGUGGAUCAGACCUGAAGAUGAUCCCUGCAAUGGCAGACAAAACCAACCUAAACCUGCCAGUGUCUUAUGAAGCCCUGCACAGGCUCCUGGGCACCAGCCAGCAUGCAGCCACCGAGGGCAGCUGCAGCUGCAGCACCUAUGAGAUUUGCCACAGCAACAGGGUGCCCCAGCACAACGAUGGUUUCAGCCUUUCCUCCGCUUCUCCACUGGAUCCUUCUGGCCAGCCCCAUCCAGAUCCCCUAAAUGAUGACACUGUAUCCCAGAUGCUGCCUAACAGUGAUACGAGAUCACCAAACAAUGAGGAAGCCUAUGUCACAAUGUCCAGCUUCUACAAAAUUCAGUAAAUCUCACAAGAAUUACAGCCUGCAUUUUUUCUCUAACACAAGCAGGAUACUGAAGCUUUCUGGCUUUGUUUUCCUGUAUCUUGUGAGUUCCCACCUCCCUCAUGCACUCUGCUCACAGUGCAGUGCUAUAACUGCAGGGAAGUGUGUUCUACAUUCCAGUGAAGAGUAGCCUAUUUCAGCCUUCAGUAUGCUGCUAGCAGUCUUCACUGCAGCAUAAAUUAAAUUUAAUUCAACCUGGUUUUGAUCUUCAAAUGUGAUUAAUCCAGAGCAGUGACAAUGCAGUCCCAGCUGAGGUUCACAGCAUGUUUUGUAGAAAUUAAUGAACUCUUUUGUUACUCUCUUGGUAACAGAGCUAAGCCUUUAUUAAUGCCUUAGCAAGAAAUAUGGCAACAAAUUCCUUUUAAAUAGAAGCCCAUCUCUUUUAAACACUGAUGGGUCAAGAUUGACUCUCCCCCCAGUCAGUCAAAAGACAAAAAGACAGUAAAUUGUAGUUGCUAUCAAGUAUUGGUUGCCUAGGGAUUCAGGAGUUUAAACACCACCAUGAGAGUUAGCUGCCCAGUAAAAAUGUUACAUGGGCCCACCUGAGGGAGGUGUUUCCUGAGAUGGAUUUAGUUUUUGGUUCGGGGCUUUUUUUGUGGUUUUUGUUUGUUUGGUUGGUUUUUUUUGAGACGCAGGUUAAGACAAAGCAAACCCUAAAUGCCACUACUUUUUGCUAUCGGCAAAGAUCUGCCCUUAAGCCAAUUACAGAAUCCACAGGUACUUCUGCUAAUACUUCUGAGGUCUUCAACAUUUCAUGUACCAACUAUGCAAAGCAAAGUCCUUUCUCUUCCUAGAAGCUGAAUUAGGUCUGUAAAUUGCAUGAUGCUGCCCUUUUCUGCAGCUCUUAUGCAGUUAUUAGUGUAGCAUAAGUAUUUUCCAUUUCAGAGGCUGAGCUGACCAUGUUUGUGUACUAGCAUUACUCCCAAUGGCAGUGACUGCACACAAAUACUAUGAAUUUGGACAGGCAGUGUUCUCAUGCAACAUCCAACAGAGGAAGAUGGAUAGAAUGUCGUGGAUCCUUGCCAGUGAUCACAAGACCUAAUUGUUUUUUUUUAAUUACUUAUGAUUUGCCAGGAGUUGUU